CCAGCAUCAGCCGCAACCGGACACGGCUGCAAACCAUACAGCGGUCCCGUUGCUACUUUUUUUUUGUGUGGGAGUUCCAUUCCGACCCGAUCGCGCUCAGUGGCCGUUAACGUAGAACGAAAAAUUAAAGGAUACAGCGUUCCACGGGGAACGGGACAUCGUUUAACGGACAGGUAGGAAAGAACGGAAGCUAUCUUUAAACGCUGCCGAAGGUCACACCGGCCACCGGUCUCGCCAGUCACGCGUGCAAUGUACGCGAUCCGCGUGCUGAUCCUGUCGCUCGUUUCCAUCGGUGUCCACUCCAGCUAUGCCCUGCCACCGUCCACGUUCGGCGAAGCCUUGGCCAGUGCUGGCCAAUUAUCGAACAAACUGAAGGAAACGGCGGCAUGGAAAACGUUCACCGGUAUCGCACGCGACUCCGACUCGAUCAACUCGCUCGUGCGCAUCAUACCGCGCACGACGAUGGGUUUCGUGCGCGACGUAGUUAGCUCGUUCAAGCGCGAAUCGCGCGCCAUCAUCCUCACCAAGAACGGUGCACUGGAGGGCCGGCUGCAGCAGGUAAAGGGCGGCGGGUCCGGUUCGUUCUACGCGUUCAAAGGCAUCCGGUACGGGCAGGCGCCGGUGGGCGAGCGACGCUUCCGUGCCCCGCUGCCGGAGGAACCGUGGAAGGGCAUACGGAGCGCAACGCGCGAAGGAUCGGUCUGCCCGCACCGCAACAUGAUACUGGACAACUUCAAGGGCAACGAGGACUGUCUGUUCCUGAACGUGUACUCGCCGGAGCUGCCGAUCGGUGAGGACAGUCCGCAGCUGCCGGUGAUGGUGUGGAUCCACGGUGGUGCGUUUUCGUUCGGCUCGGGCAAUGCGUUCCUGUACGGUCCGGACUAUCUCGUCCCGAACGGGGUCGUGCUGGUUACGUUCAACUAUCGGCUCGGACCGCUCGGCUUCCUAAGCGUUGGGCGGGAUGCACCGGGCAAUGCGGGCUUGAAGGAUCAGGUGCUGGCCCUGCGCUGGGUGCAGGAAAACAUUGCCGCGUUCGGGGGCAAUCCGGACGAUGUGACGAUAUUCGGCCAGUCGGCGGGAUCCGUCUCGGUGCAGCUGCUCACGCUGUCGCCGCUGUCGAAGGGCCUGUUCCACAAGGCGAUCGCCCAGAGCGGUUCCGUGCUGAACCCGUGGGCGAUCGCACGCGACACGAAGGAGCGAGCGUUCAAGCUCGCUCAGCUGCUGGGCAUUCGGACGAACGAUACGGAGGAGCUGCUGGAACAGCUGCGCCGUGCCAGCCCGCAGAAGAUUGUGGACGCCGCGCUCAAGACGCUUACCGCGGAGGAUGUGCGCAAAAGCAUCGGGCUGCCGUUUGUGCCGUCGCUCGAGAGCUGGACCGGGGAGGACGCAUCGGAGGAGGAGCCGCUGAUCGUGGAGGAACCGCUGGAGUUGCUGAAGAGCGGUCGCUAUCACCACGUGCCCGUGAUCGUCGGGUUCAAUUCGCACGAGGCGAUGCUGUUUAUGCGACGGUUGCGCAAGGAUCCGAACCUGCUGCAAACGAUCGACGGUGACUUCGAGCGGCUGAUACCGCUGAACCUGCAGCUCGACCGGGAAUCGGACGAGGGCAAAGAGUUCGCGGCACGGAUGAAGCGUUUCUACAUGGGCGACCGGCACGUCUCGAACGAAACGGUACAGGAGAUGAUGAACCUCAUGUCGGAUGUGAUGUUCCUGCACGGCAUCACCGACUACGCCCGGCUGCACGCGUCCCACAACGGGCUGAACUCGACCUGGGUCUACCGGUUCGCGUACGACGGUGCGCUCGGCAUCUACAAGCGGAUACUGGGCAUUGACUGGCCCGGCGCUUGCCACGGGGACGAGCUCGGCUACCUGUUCCACUUCGGCGUGCUGAACCUGCGGCUCGACAACACCUCGCCCGAGCUGCAGGUGAUGCACAAAAUGACCCGCAUGUGGUCCAACUUUGCCAAGUACGGCAAUCCGACACCGUUCGGAGAGGAUGAACUGCUGCUGGGCAUCACCUGGCCGUCGGUCAUACCGAAUACGAUGAGCGAGCUUCCCUAUCUAGAAAUUACCGGUGGGCUCGAGCGCAAAAAUAAUCCCGAAGCGAUGCGGCUACAGUUUUGGGACGAAGCGUUUACUAAGUACAAUGGCAAUUUGCUGUAAUCCGGAACUUAAUAGUACAACGAGAGGGAGAGAUCGUAUGCAGCCGGUGCAGUAUAGUGUGUUUUUAUGUGUGUGUGGAUGUGAAAUAUUACAAUUAUUAGGUGCUCCGUACACUCCAUGCAUUCGAAGGUGGAACAUAGCUUUAGGCAAAUUUGGCUAGCCAUAGAUGCCGGAAGGGCGAAAGAUAUUAGGAUUGUUUUACUCCCCAAAAAUGUCUCCCCAAAAAUGUUGUCAGCGCGAAUACAUACCCGUACACAUAUACGUUGGGGGGGUUUUAUUGAUUGCAUUAGCAUUCCCUUUGCUUUAAGCUGUAGAGGUUAGGCAUAAGCGUUGCUUUUACCGUGCUGGAUUUAGCAGAUGUUAUGUUUCCACCCACUAUAGGCAGUAAGUUAGGAUAUAGAACUACAAAAAAUAGCGAAUUUUUGGACACUUUUUUACCGAGGACUGAAUGUUGAAAAAAUGAAUUUACAAAUAAAACC